GACUCACCCUUGUUGCAAUAAAAUCGGGAUUUGGAUUGGAUUCUUGAAUUGGUUUGCUUCUGAAAACGCCCCCACCGUCUUCCUCCUCUGUGCUACGCUCUGUUAGCAUUUGAUUCGCCAUUUUCGCUUUCGAACAAGAUUCUCCCUGUAAACAGCAUAUUCGAGGCCUUCUUCAUUUCUGGUCCCAUGAUCGAUCAAGAUGAGCUGGUUAUAUGAUGCAUGAAAAUUUAAGUUUUCUGUUAGAACUCAGGGUUAGAAGUUUAAGUUUUCACUGGGCCCUGACAUUUUUUUUUUUAAUUUUUUAAUUACGCUUACUAUUUUUUUUUUUCCCCACUGCAAUACUUGAUUCACAAGUUGAAUAUGGCAUUGAAUUGUAUAUUAAAAUCUCAUUAGGUUGAUUCGUUGCAAUUUACCAGCCCUUGAUUAGGUGGAUUUCCAAUUUGGUGACCCAGAAUCUAGUCGUUUGUCUUGAUCCACAAGCAUUAUGCUUAAAAUGUGCCAUAUCACAGUACACUUUAUAGUUUUGUUAAUGGGGAUUAGAAGAUUCAUGAUUUAUUUAAUAAUUAUGCUGAUAUGACCUUUUAACUUUUAGAUUUGACAUCUCACCCACUUCUGUUAGCUUCCCUCAGUCAUAUGCCACAUGGUUUAGGUUUCUAUUACUUGCACACAUCUGUAAUUCUAAAAUUACGAAAUAUUAUUAAUGAGUGACAGUUGAGCCCACAUCAUUGUGAUUAAUUCUUCUUCUCUUGACCUUCCCUUUUCUCUGGACACUGGUGUAAUGGAGCUUGAGCUGUCAAAUGGUAGAGUAAGGAGAAAAUAGAGUUUGGGUAACAUAUGCAAGGAAGGAAAAAUAUCUCGUGUAUCUGAUGAAAUUUAUAUUCUACUCCACUCCACAGCACUAUAUUUAUAUGUCAUAUAUCUGAUAAUCGACAUGGAAAAAAAUAUAUUCCUGGGUGUUAAACUUGUGAAUAAGGCUUCCAAAUUCAUGGCCUUUGGGCACUACCUAUCCCAGGGAUGGAAACCCAACCCUAGUGAUGAUGAAAACUCCAUGAACGGUUGCUUUGAUUGCAACAUAUGCUUAGACUUUGCUCGCGAACCGGUAGUCACUCAUUGUGGCCACCUUUACUGCUGGCCCUGCAUCUACAAGUGGCUUCAUCUCCAAACUGAGACCUUAACAUCUGAUGAGCACCCUCAAUGCCCAGUUUGCAAAGCUUGUAUAUCCUCUACCACAAUCAUCCCGCUCUAUGGUCGAGGGCAGGCCUCACUGGCUCAAAGCGAGCGCCACGAUGAGAAGGAAUCGGAUCUGGACAUUUCUAUACCGCCAAGGCCACCUGCUGCUAGCGUUGAAGCUCCAUUGCCAUCAUCUUCUCCUCAUAACACUUAUCAGAAUCAGCAUUCUGCUACUUCUCUAAACCUUGAGAAUGCUUCUUCAUCACCGCGGGUUGUUAAUGUUGGUGCUACCUUGAUGCCAGGUUUUCAUCAUCUUCUGCAUGGGAUGUUUGGGGAGAUGGUGUAUGCUAGAGUGUUUGGCAACCCGGAAAAUAUAUACGCCUAUCGGAAUUCUUAUCAUGUGCUGGGCCCUAACAGCCCCAGAUUGAGAAGACAGGAGAUGCAGGCAGACAAAUCCUUGAAGAGAGUAUCAAUUUUCCUGUGUUGCUGCCUUGUUUUGUGUCUUCUAGUGUUUUGAGAACGUGGUCCUGCUUUAAAGAGGUAUCGUCCAUGAGCUUUGUAACAUACUGUAUUAUGUUGGCUGUUGAAUAUGAGGCUAGUGAAUGUGUUCUUCACCAUUUAUUGUACACUAUGAUGGAGCCUGUCAGCUCCACAUUGCAGAAACCCAGAAUGAGAGUAAGCAAGCUUUUUUCUUUUCGGUCUCUUCUGCAAUGGAUAAAGAUUUGCGUGUCCAUUUUUAGCUAUAUGCGUUUGGUAUACAUUGUAUCUGUAUUUGAUGUUGAGUGAACAAGUAUUUUCAUUUUUGUAUCUUAAUUUAAUUUAUUUUUAUAA